AUGGCGUGUAUUUGGGUCUCUCAACUGGGAACCAUUUGCAGCUCCAAGACGUGGCUCUUGCUGUUUUCCAUCCUGCACCUCCAGGAGCCUCUCUGUGGAGAGAGCAGUCCAAUCUCAGGUGCCCAUCAGAGGCAUCGCCCUGCUCCGGGGCUGGGAGACGGGCAUGGAGGGGUGGUGGAUCUGUCACUGCUGGAGCAGGACGGCAACCUGGACAUGCAGAGCCUGCUGGAGAGCCUGAAGGAACAGUUUAUGCGGACUUUUAACUUGUCGGGCUUGGGUCCUCCACUGCUUCCUGGGAGCACACGAGAGGAGCCGCCUGAGUACAUGAUGGAGCUCUACAACCGCUUUGCUAAUGACCACACUGCCAUGCCCUCCGCCAACAUCAUUCGCAGCUUCAAAAAUGAAGAUUCAUCUCCGAGUGUUGUGGGUGUUGGAGGAGUUAGGCGUCACCCCCUCCUCUUUAAUGUGUCAGUUCCCCAUCAUGAACACAUCACAGCAGCGGAACUUCGACUCUACACCCUUGUCCAGACUGACCGUCACCUCUAUGCUGGUGUCGACCGCAAGGUCACAAUCUAUGAACUGGAACUGCACGACCUGGAUGAGAACACGACAGAUGAGAACACUGUGAGAGGAGAUGCUUUCAGAGCGGGAGGAGAGCGGAUAGAGCGAGUGGAGUUGGCUUCACGCCAGGUCUACGGCACUGAUAAUGGAUGGGAGGCCUUUGACCUCACUGCUGCUGUCCAACGCUGGCGCAAAUCUGACCAAGGCACCACGCACAGGUUGGAAGUGCAAAUUGCCAGUAUGGCAAAUGAUAAUGUUCAAGGUUCAACUGACGACAACAAAGGCAGUAAUCCACCUGAAGGAGACAUGAAGAUUGACACCAGUCCUGAAGAAAAACACAAACCCUUGCUGAUUGUUUUCUCUGAUGACCCAAGCAGUGAUCAUCGUGAUGACAAGCGUGAGCUUAAUGAGAUGAUUGACCAGGAAACCUCGAACAUGGUUCUGCCGAAUGACUUAGGAAGGGGUCUUUGGGGAGAGCUGGAAAGGGAUGAAGAGGAUGAGCCAGAUGAAGAGGACCUCUUACAAAUGAGAUCCAAUCUGAUCUAUGACUCAGCAUCUCGAAUUCGUCGCAAUGCCAAAGGCAACCAUUGCAAGAAACAAUCUCUUUAUGUAGAGUUUAAAGAUAUUGGAUGGGACAGUUGGAUCCUGGCACCUACAGGCUACGAUGCCUUUGAGUGCGCUGGAAUUUGCUCUUUCCCACUGACAAAGCAUGUCACACCUACCAAGCAUGCCAUUGUGCAGACAUUGGUCAACAUCAACAGUCCUCAGAAGGCGGCACGAGCCUGCUGUGUGCCUACCAAGCUCGACCCCAUCUCCCUGCUGUACCUAGAUGACACAGGUGUUGUCACCUACAAGUACAAAUUUGAAGGCAUGGUGGUGGCUGAGUGUGGCUGCAGAUAG